AGCGGCCGCUGCCUCCUCCACCACCGCCGCCAGCGCUCGGGCGAGAGGGCGCGCUGCUGUCUCUCGGUCGCCGCCAGGAGGGCGCCCCGCCGGAGUGUGCGGGGACAGCUGGAAGGCGCCCCCAGCCCAGAAUUCAUCUCCCUUCUGCUUGUUUGAGAGAAGCCAGCGGCAGGCGAGCAACAAAAAUGAACUUCCCAGGGCAAGGGUCUCUGCGGCUUGGCCUUCCGUUCUCCGAAUGUUGAAGGCAAAGCGAGCACCGCCAGUUCUUGGACCCAUGUGGACGGGGCGAGGAUGCGGGUGACGAUGCGGCGGGUUCUCCUGGGGGUGGGCUUUGCCAUCGCCCUGAUGGUCUCUGCCCACCUGGGGCAGCAGAUGCUGCAGUGCCAGCAGAUGCUGGGCCAAGGCGCCAACCGGGGCCUGAUGCGCCCGGAGAACGAGGAGCUGGUGAUGCUGGACUCCAACCGGGUGGAAUACCGCUACAGCAAGGAGAUGCCUCUGAUCUUCAUCGGCGGCGUCCCCCGGAGCGGGACCACCCUGAUGCGGGCCAUGCUGGACGCCCACCCGGAGGUGCGCUGCGGGGAAGAGACGCGCAUCAUCCCGCGCGUGCUGGCCAUGCGCCAAGCCUGGUCCAAAUCCGGGCGGGAAAAGAUGCGCUUGGAUGAGGCCGGGGUGACGGACCAGGUCUUGGACGCGGCCAUGCAGGCCUUCAUCCUGGAGGUGAUAGCCAAGCACGGGGAGCCGGCCCGGUACCUCUGCAACAAAGACCCUUUCACGCUCAAGUCCUCCAUUUACCUGUCCCACCUCUUCCCCAACUCCAAGUUCCUCCUCAUGGUGCGCGACGGCCGGGCCUCGGUCCAUUCCAUGAUCACCAGGAAGGUCACCAUCGCCGGCUUUGACCUCCGCAGCUACCGGGACUGCUUGACGAAGUGGAACAAAGCCAUCGAGGUGAUGUACUCCCAGUGUCUAGAGAUUGGGCGGUCCAGAUGCCUCCCGGUCUACUACGAACAGCUCGUCCUGCACCCCCAGAAGUCGAUGCGGGCCAUCAUGGAGUUCCUGGACAUCGCCUGGAGCGAUGCGGUGCUGCAUCAUGAGGAGCUGAUUGGGAAGCCGGGCGGAGUCUCGCUCUCCAAGAUCGAGCGAUCCACAGACCAGGUGAUCAAGCCGGUGAACAUGGAGGCCUUGAGCAAGUGGCUAGGACACAUCCCGGCGGACGUGCUGCAGGACAUGGGCCAUAUUGCCCCUAUGCUGGCCAGGCUGGGCUACGACCCCUAUGCAAACCCACCCAACUAUGGGAACCCAGACCCGUUGGUGAUCAACAACACCCACAGGGUUCUGAACGGGGAUUUUAAGACACCUGCCAACCUGAAAGGACACCUUCAGGGGACUCAAAAUACGACUGCUUUUCACUGAUAAAGCUCGUGAUUUCCAGUUGCAGAUUGCUUCCCAUUGCUCUGAAGAGAAGAACAUUUGCAACUAGCAACACUGGAAAUCGGUUAUCCAAGCAUAUUGCUUGCUACUGAUAUUGCCAAAUCAAGUGCUCUCCGUGAAACACUUCCCCACCCUUUUUUUGCAUUUAUUUGCCAAGUUUGGACAUUUCCGAGAGGACCAAGUCGUCGACUUUGUUUGGACACUCUUCUGGGAAAGGGUGACAUCUGUGGAAAUCAAAGGGAACCAUAAAGUAUAUCGGAGAUUUUCUAUUUGUCGGCCGGAGACCUUUUUAAAGCUGUUUAAAAGUGUCUUGUCAUUUUUGUCCUCUAAUUCGCAGACCUCAGAGAGCUUCAUUAAUAUAACCUCAUUAGAGUGCUUUUGUCUUACAGGUGACAAUCCCGAACUCGCCCUCCUUUCAUUCUCUCUCUCUCUCUGAUUUGUAAUUUACAAAAGUCAAAUAGAUUUAUUUAUUAAUUCGUAAAUAAAUAUAUGAGGCUGCCUCCUUCA